GUCCGUAAAAUCCAAACCCUCGCUUCUCUCUCUCUCUCUCUCUCUCUCGCUUCAAAACAUUCGAUCGGUCCUCCUGUUGGCGAUUCACAGCAGAUCGAUAGUCGCGGCGGAAGGAUUCGAGCGGAGUCAUAGAGAGCGCAGAGGAGCGAGCGAGGCAGGGGGCAGGAAUGGGGCAGCCCUCGCUCCCGACGGUGCCGCCUCUGGCUCUGCCUCCGCCGGGGCCGCCGGCGGGAAGCCUCCAGGUCCGCUGCGCCGGAUGCCAUGGGAUACUCGCGGUGGCACCGGGGAUGACCGAGUUCAUCUGCCCCAAGUGCCAGCUGCCGCAGAUGCUGCCGCCUGAGCUCCUGGGCGCUCCCCCUCCCCGCCGCCCCCCGCCCAAGGCUCAGGGCAUCGAUCCCACCAAGAUCCAGCUGCCCUGCGCGCGUUGCAAGGCGAUCCUUAAUGUCCCUCACGGCCUCGCCCGUUUCAACUGCCCGCAGUGCGGUGUGGACCUGGCGGUCGACCUAGCCAAGCUGCAACAAUACUUUCCCUCUGUUUCGUCUCCGGCCUCCCUAGUUGGAUUCCCACCAGACCCGCCUGAGGAGAUCAAUGAGGUUGCAAUCGAUGUGGAGCGUGAAGAAGAUGAGGGUGGUGCUAUCGGGGAGACCUUUACUGACUAUAGACCUCCUAGAUUGUCUGUUGGGUGUCCCCAUCCAGAUGCUGUUGUUGAAACGUCUUCGCUGUCAGCUGUUCAACCUCCAGAACCCACAUACCAUCUAAAGAUUAUGGAUGAACUGGACAAAUCAAAUGCACUGUCAUGCUUACAGAUUGAAACUCUAGUGUAUGCUUGCCAGCGGCAUCUUCACUAUCUUCAAAAUGGUGCUAGAGCAGGUUUUUUCAUUGGUGAUGGAGCUGGUAUGGGUAAGGGUCGUACUAUUGCUGGGUUGAUCUGGGAAAACUGGCAACAUGGGAGGUGCAAAGCACUGUGGGUUUCUGUUGGUUCGGACCUAAAGUUCGAUGCACGUAGAGACUUGGAUGAUGUUGGGGCUUCUUGUAUUGAAGUACAUGCUUUAAACAAGCUUCCCUACUCUAAGCUUGACUCCAAAGCUGUUGGAAUAAAGGAUGGGGUAGUUUUCUUAACAUACAGUAGCUUGAUAGCAUCAUCUGAAAAAGGUCGAUCUCGGUUGGUGCAAUUGUUGCAAUGGUGUGGGUCAGACUUUGAUGGCCUAGUGGUGUUUGAUGAGUGUCAUAAGGCAAAAAAUUUGAUCCCUGAGGCAGGAAGCCAACCUACUCGAACAGGCGAAGCAGUGUUAGAAAUUCAGGCAAGACUACCUGAGGCUCGAUUUGUUUAUUGCUCUGCAACUGGUGCUUCUGAGCCACGAAAUAUGGGUUACAUGGUCCGUCUUGGACUAUGGGGUGCUGGAACAUGUUUCCCUCAGUUUCAGGAUUUUUUAGGGGCUCUUGAUAAAGGUGGUGUUGGAGCACUUGAACUAGUUGCAAUGGACAUGAAGGCAAGGGGCAUGUAUGUUUGUCGUACGCUUAGUUACAAAGGGGCUGAAUUCGAAGUAAUAGAAGCACCACUCGAGGAGGGAAUGAUGGAUAUGUAUAAGAAGGCUGCUGAGUUCUGGGCUGAAUUACGGGUUGAAUUGUUGUCAGCAAACACUUUUCUUUCAGAGGAGAAACCGAACUCUAGUCAGGUUUGGCGACUGUAUUGGGCCAGCCAUCAGCGUUUCUUUAGGCAUAUGUGUAUGUCAGCUAAAGUACCUGCUGCUGUGAGGUUAGCUAAGCAGGCACUGGCAGAGGGUAAGUGUGUUGUGAUUGGCCUUCAAAGUACUGGGGAGGCUCGAACUGAGGAAUUUGUUACAAAAUAUGGUCUUGAAUUAGAAGACUUUGUUUCGGGUCCUCGUGAGCUGCUUCUUAAAUUGGUGGAAGAAAACUAUCCAGUACCUCCAAAGCCAGAUUCACUUGGUGAAGAAAGUGUCAAGGAACUUCAGCGUAAGCGGCAUUCUGCUACUCCUGGUGUAUCAUUUAAAGAAAGACAAAGAAAAACUGCAAAAUGGAAUGUUACAAGUGAUACUGACAGUUUUGAGGAGUCUCUAUCUGAGUCUGAUCUUGAAUCUACAGAAUCUGAUGAGGAGUUCCAAAUCUGUGAAAUAUGUAACAGUGAAGAGGACAAAAAGUUGUUGCUUCGUUGUUCAUGCUGUGCUCGACUUGUCCACCCUGGUUGUUUAGUUCCUCCAUGGACUGAUUUAGUAUCUGAUGAUUGGUCUUGCUACUCAUGCAAGGAGAAAACUGAUGAGUAUUUCCAUGCAAGAGAUGCCUAUGUUGCUGAACUUAUGAAAAGGUAUGAAGCAUCACUGGAGCGGAAAACAAAGAUUUUGGAUAUUAUUCGGUCCUUGGAUUUGCCAAAUAAUCCUCUUGAUGAUUUAAUUGACAAGUUAGGGGGUCCAGAAAAUGUCGCUGAAAUGACUGGUAGACGUGGCAUGCUUCUAAGGGCUUCUGGUGGAAAAGGUGUUAUUUAUCAAGCAAGGAGCACCAAGGAAGUUGCCAUGGAAAUGGUUAAUAUGCACGAGAAACAGUUAUUUAUGGAUGGGAAAAAAUUGGUUGCUAUAAUAUCAGAAGCAGGUUCCGCAGGUGUAUCUUUACAGGCUGAUAGAAGGACAUUAAACCAGAAAAGGAGGGUACAUAUAACACUUGAACUACCAUGGAGUGCUGAUCGUGCCAUUCAGCAAUUUGGUAGAACUCAUCGCUCUAAUCAGGCUUCUGCACCACAAUAUAGGCUUCUUUUCACUUAUCUUGGUGGUGAAAAGCGCUUUGCGUCAAUUGUUGCAAAGAGGUUGGAGUCUCUUGGAGCACUAACACAAGGAGACCGCAGGGCUGGUCUAUCGUUGAGUGCUUUCAACUAUGACAACAACUAUGGAAAGAAGGCUCUAAUGAUGAUGUACAGGGGAAUAAUGGAGCAGGAUCCUUUGCCUGUACUGCCUCCUGGCUGUUCAUCUGAGGAGCCAGCAACUAUUCAAGAAUUUAUUACCUAUGCUAAAGCUGCUCUUAUUUCCGUUGGUAUUGUCAGGGAUACAGUUAUAUGCAGUGGAAAGGAUGGUGGAAAGGUAUCUGGGCGGAUAGUGGAUUCUGACAUGCAUGAUGUGGGGCGGUUCUUAAACCGUAUUUUGGGCUUGCCUCCGGAUAUUCAAAACAGGUUGUUUGAAUUGUUUGUAAGCAUUCUGGAUCUUACUGUUCAUAAUGCUCGAAAUGAAGGACAAUUUGAUUCUGGAAUCAUCGAUAUUAAAGCUAACUCUAUUGAACUGCAAGGAUCACCAAGGACAGUUCAUGUUGAUAAUCUUUCUGGCGCUUCUACUGUAUUGUUUACAUUUUCUGUUGACCGUGGAAUUACUUGGGAGUCUGCAAAAUCUCUACUUGAAGAAAGGCAGAAGGAUGGAGUUGCUUGUGCUAAUGAUGGGUUCUAUGAAUCUAGGAGAGAAUGGAUGGGAAGAAAGCACUUCAUAUUGGCACUAGAGUGUUCAGGAAGUGGGGGAACUUACAAAAUUUUUCGCCCUGCUGUUGGUGAAGCACUAAGGGAGAUGCUUGCAGCUGAACUUAAAAGUAAAUACAAAAAGUUAUCUACAAUUGAAAAGGCCAACAAAGGAUGGCAAGAUGAAUAUGAGGUGUCUUCUGUGCAGUGCAUGCAUGGGCCCAAAUGCAAACUCGGUACUUAUUGUACAGUUGGAAGGAGGCUACAAGAAGUCAAUGUUUUGGGCGGUCUCAUUCUUCCUGUCUGGAGUACCAUAGAAAAAGCAUUAUCUAAGCAAGUUCGUCAAAGCCAUAGGAGGACACGAGUAGUGCGCCUGGAGACUACAACAAAUUGCCAGCGAAUAGUUGGCCUUCUUAUUCCAAAUGCUGCAAUUGAAUCAGUCAUGGAAGAUCUAUCAGGUUUUCAGGAUGUUGAAAGUUAACAUGGGAAAGUUUCUUGCUGGAGCCCAACUCAUCCAAUUAUCGUAUCUACAUAUAUAGAUAUAUAGUUAAUCAUUUUGGAUAUUUGGAGCAUUUAGACGAGAGAAUGAUCAAUUCUUCAGUUGGGAACACAGAGAGAGCUAUUGGAUUUUUGUUGUGCAAAAGUCGCAUCUCUAUUUUUUUUGUUUUUGUUUUUUUUUUUGCCAAUAUGUUCUAGAAAAUACAAGUACAUUUAGAUGCCCUUUUGAGAGUGUCCCAUGUGUAGCCCUUUUGUUAUAGUUGUACACUGUGUAAGUAGAUAAAGAAGAUGCCGCUACAUGUACAAAAGCAACAACAUGGAUGGAGUCAAUGCUCAAGUCAAACACUUGUGUGUAAUGAUUUUAAUUGAUUGUGAUUGUUUUCUAGGCUUUCGUGCAUGAAAAUUAUUGAAGCAUGCUGAUUUUUGAGGUGAAUGCGAUGUGACAUUUCUCGAGUA